CUCCAUUUCCUCGUAGAUCUUUUUUUCCCUCCGCUGGUAAUUCCUUUGCUAAGAUCUGGCUCCUGGAUUUUGCUUAAGACGUAUAAGUGCAGCCUUUGCUUCAUAAUUACAUCUCAUACGUCGAUCAGGGUGUUCAGUGGUGGAUGAUCGACGCCUGCCAGAACUUGUAACCGCCUGGAACAACUUGAAUUUUUCGGAAUCUCGGCCUUUCAAGGAGUAGUAUACCUGUGAAAAGCUUCAGCGAGAUUAGUAGUUCUCAACUCCUUGAGCUUCCAUUUACACUACAGAUCUUUGAAUGACUCACUCAUCCAGUUGCUUUUCAAGUAGUCAAGGAACUCCUGGCAUUUGCCUUACGCGACAUUGUCGUGGGGCACAGGAGGCCUCUCGUAAACUGCCCUUGUUCCCCUUUCUCCUACAUAUUUCGCAGGGCUACAUUCAUGGGCCAGAGUGCACGGUCACUCAUAAACUCAUCACCAAUGACUUAUUUUUUACUUCAAUGGCAGGUUCCACUGAUUUACUUCCAUGUCUUUCGUUCUCCCUUCUGCACUGAAAGCAACAAAAAACUUCUUCACUUUUGUUCAUGCGCAUCCCCUCAAAACUAUAUGCAUAUUCUGUACCUGGAAUUCUGUAGAUCAGAAUCCUACUUUUAUUUUUCUUACUUGCCUGCCUCUCUCCCAUAAACCGCCCUGGUCGGGACUCGUCAAAGGUGAAUUCUGCUGA